CGUACAUCGAAUUAUAACUCUAGGUCGGACAAAUGAAACGGACAAUGAGGCAAAGCAAUUGUCUAUAAAAUGGGCUAGCUCAGAAGGUAGCAAAGUUCUCCCAUUCAGCAUCUUAAGUGUCUCUCGGUAUUCCACGACUUUAACUUCCAACAACUUUCACAACCAAAUUCACAGAAAUUUCAAAAUGAAGCUCGAAGGAAAGGCUUUCGUUGUCACUGGUGGCUGUGGUUCUAUCGGUGGCACUGCCGCUAAGCAUAUCAUUGCCAGAGGCGGUAUUGCUCUGAUCUUCGACGUUCUCCCCGAGGAAGCUGGUCAGGCCAAGGUUAAGGAGUACCAUGCCGAGCGUGCUUUCUACUUCAAGGCCGACAUCACCAACGUCGAGGUCUUCUCCGCCUGCAUUGAUGCCGCCUUGAAGGUUAUCCCCAAGGGCUCUCUCUUCGGUGGUGUCCAUUGUGCUGCUAUUGCGCCCGGCCGACCUUGGGACCAAAAGUUGAAGAAUUCUAUCGCUCACUUCCAAAAGGUCAUGCAUGUCAACUCUUACGGUACCUUCCUUGUCGACGCCUGUAUUGCCGACGCUAUUAACUCCCAGUACCCGGACGAGGGACCUUUCGGCCCCCGAGUUAAGGAGGAGCGAGGCUGCAUCGUGAACAUUGCGUCUGUUGUCGCCAAGCCUGUCCCUGCCCGAUGCUUGACCUACGGUGUCAGCAAGGCUACAGUCUUGGGUAUCAGCAGCGGUAUUGCCGACUUCCUCGGCCCCUACGGUAUCCGAGUCAACUCUGUUAGCCCUGCUGUCGUUGCUUCCUCUCUUAUGGGCCCCGACCGAAUCCCCUACUUCGAGUCUGAGCUCGAGGCCGCCGCCAUCUACCCUCGCCGACUCUCCCAGCCCGACGAAGUCGCUCAGGGUAUUGUCUACCUUCUGGAGAACUCUAUGAUGAACGACUUUGAGCUCAGGGUCGACGGUGGCUGGAGAGGUAGUAGCAACUGGGGCGGCCCCCACGACCCCCGAUCCAACGCUCCUUCUCUUGAAUAAUCUGGGAAAUUGAGUAUUUUGGUGUUCAUCAGGAGUUGUUCAUAGAGAUGGCAGGUCAAAAAUGCA